AUGUUCCCGUACGGUGCCGCGCCGGACGAGUCCACCGUGCGUCCGUUGACGGAUGAGGACCAGCAGUUGCUCAUCUCACUCGUGCAAAAAUACGGGACAUCGAGUCUUCUCUUUGCCUUGACGGGCUAUGGCGAACCAUCUCGAGCGUCUGCGUUCUCUGCAAACACCCUCCUCAGCAGUGCGAGCGCGUCUUCAAUAGCAUGGACUAACUCAGAGGUCGCAUCACAAGCCCGGUCGGAUGAAGCGUCCAUCCACACCGCCUACACAUGGCCCGAAGUUCAGAACGACCUGCCGGCGGUGCACGAUGGAGAGGCUAACAAGGUGUCUGAUCGCUCAUGGCUCGACUCGCCCGUAGCCGUGCCCUCGCCGAUGAUUCAGUCUCACGACGUCACGUCACACCCCUCUCCGCGGCUUGUGACGCCCACGUCCAAGAAGUACCAGUGCCCGAUGUGCUAUCUGGACAACAGCCCUGUCGGAUUCGGCAGAAAGAGUGAUUUCAAGAAGCACCUGCACAACUUUCACGGAGCCGACGUCGUCUGGAUCUGCCGGACCAAGGGUUGCCACAUGUCCUUCUCGACCGAGCGUGCCUAUAGCACCCAUGCCAAGGAGGCUCACCGAAUGAAGGCUCUCCCCAACAGCGCUGCCCGGACGGAAAUGUGCCCACAGCUCGUCUUCGCCUGUGGUUUCGGCACCUGUCGCGACCGGCUAUUCGAAGCCCACGGCGCGGAGGACGCCUCCGCAACGCGCGACAAGCACUUUGAGCACAUUGCCAAGCAUUUCGAAGAUGGAUUCGACGUCAGCAACUGGGAGUAUCGCGUUCAGAUGCAGAACCUCAUGCGCCAGAAACAGGUCAAGCAAAUCUGGAAGACGUGCAUUUGGCCCAAGGAGAAACGACAGCAGCUUCACUGGCGGUCGAGGUCCUCGGGCGACUUGAAGCGCAUGCUCGAGUGCCGCCACCUCGGCAGCAACAUCUCCAGUCUCGUCAGAUUGGCCUUUAUCCUCGGAACCGCUCCGUUCACGACCGCCUCUACCCCGCCGCCCAACGAGAUUGACAUUUACUUCCAGCUUCCGUACCGCAGCCAGUGCCUGCUAGAGUCCUCCGGGCAUGCAUCCCUGGCAAGCACCCUGAAGGUGGACGAGGGUUCGCCCACGCCGAGUCUUCCCAAGAGCCGCUCGGGCAUCACCAGCAUUCCCCAAACCAUGCUCAAGUUCUCUGGCCGCUCAUUGAAGAAGGGCACUCGGCCAUCAACACCUGCCAGUGUCUUGAGCAAUGGCGCCGACACAAUCAUGGGAGACGACUCGGCGGCUGGCCCGCAUCCCGGCACGCCGUUCCCUAUCCCCAACGAGACUGUGUGGCCGGCAGACGCGCCGACGUUUGCUCCCGAUAUCCCAACCUCGAUGCCAAAGUCGAUGAACAGCCCUGCUGGCACACCGCUCUUUGACCCUCAGCAGCAGCAGCCGCAGCAUCAGCAAUUGCAGCAGCACUUGCCCCCCCAGCACCAGAUCCCGCACCCGCAACUGCAGGAGCAGGAGCAGCAGCAGCUGAUCCAGGCUUCUACGGUGAGGCCCGGGACGCCAACUCCCAACAAACGACCGGCACCGUGGAAUCGAAUGAUUAGCAUGGAGAACCUCCGACCGUCCAAGAAGUCGACGCCCGAUACGCCGCCAGGGAUGAUUAUGGGCAUGUGA